ACAUAUUUCAUAUUCGUUUAGGCUGCCAUAUUGUUUUACUGUUUUGAAAUUGUCUUGAGGGCCGAGGGAGAGAAACCUGGGAGAUCGUGGCUGUUUUGGAAUGCUACCGAGACCUUUAUAUUUCCCAAACCACAGUAGUCAUUCAAGGCGACGAUCCAGGAAUCGUCGGAGUUCACGUCGCCCAAAACCAGAAUACGAACGCAACAUCUUUUCCGCAUUUUUUGCUCUCGCAUCGGCUGUGCUUCUUGCAAUCGCUGAGGCAGAACCGAAAUGGCUUCACAUCGUCAGUGGAAAGUGCGCAGGAAAGUACAUUGGCUUGUACAAAGUCAUUGCAUAUAAACACCCCGAAGAAUUGACUUCAUACUGUUAUACAAGCACCAUUGUACUUCUCUUACGACUGGUUGUUGCCCUGAGUUGUGUGGGAAUUGUGUUUAGCAUGUUUGCCUGUUUGCUGGAUUUGUGUGGCACAUUAAACAGAUGUCUUAGAGUAGUCAAGGAUUAUUCUAUUGGAAACGUAGUUACAGUUGUGAUGUGUGUUGCUACAAGCAUUAUUGUUUACUGGGUGACACGGAUACUAGAAGAAGUUGGUGAAGAGGACCCAAAUGAUCCUGCCAAAGUUAAAUUUGACAUCAGUUUUUGUCUUGUGGUAGCUGCAGGAGGAUCAUCAGUACUGGCAACUGCUUUGAGUUUAGUUAUGCAUUGUUUUCUACAUCGCAUGAGAGAAAGAACUCGAUCAGAGGAAGAGCUAUCUCUUGACCUGAUGUAUUCCAUGUUACCUGCAGACAGUAUCUCAGAUGUUCCACCUCCUGCAUACUCACCCUGAUCAUCACAAUUAGCCAACUGAGUCAUACAAUUAUGUAGGUAGAAUAAUAAUAACAGUUACAUGUAGAUAAGGAAGUGAAGUCUGAAAUUCUAACAGGACAUUGGUGUUAGUUUUCAAUUUUUCACAAAUUUUAAUCACUAAGUUCAAUUUUUUCAUUCAAACAGCAUGCGUUGUUUCCUUGGUCAUCUAGUGUCUUGAACUGUACCUUAUAUACCUAUCAAUUUGAAGCUUCAAAGCCCCCCUGGGAAGGGAAGCAAUUUGAUACUGGAACUGUCAAGUCUUUCCAGUAGAACAUUUGUUUUAUCUUUUAAAAUGGAUUAAAGGUAAAGAGUUCACUUUUGUGAACAGAUGGCUUAGAAAAAAAAGUCUCCAAGAAAGACGUGGUGGCUGAUCUUGCCUUUUACUAAAAAAAAUUGAUCCUCAAAUCAGGCACUUGGGUGGGGCAUUUGAACACUAUUUCAGUCUAGGGGGUGGUAAUUUGAACAAACCGAUCUUCAAAAGUUCAAAUGCAGGGAGGCUUGCUCUGGUUGGAAUGGGGAGGGGGGAAUGCUGAAGCUUUAAAUUGAUUGAUGCAUCAGCAGGAGGUAAAUGGUUGCAAAUCUUGAAAGAAAAUAAGUGUUGGUUUUUAAAGUGAAGGUCAUCCAGUCUUUAAAUUUUCCUGUCACUGAAUGAAUGGAUGAUUAAGAACUUUGACAGAGGUAUUUGGAAAGUAAACCAUUUGAUUUCUGUUUGUGACCUAAAGCUGAUAAAAGUCUGCUCUGACACAUUUUUUGAUUCCACUUCCUUAGUUUAUAACAUUUUGAGCAAAGUUGAAAUUUGAAUUGACUAGCUUUACAAGGCAUAGUUUAAGAAACUUGUUACCAGACCAUAGAAAAUCCAGCUGAUCAUAUUACACAAAUCAAAGCAGUUUUAUAAUCAACGGUAUCAAAUACAGCCUUCCCAGUGUGUGCUACAAUUAGGGUUAUGGUUAAAUGUGAUAAAACUGGUGGGUUGGAAAAUCCAGAGGGAAACGAUUGGUAUCAUAAAAAAAUUCAAAAACAUUUCUGCAGAAAACUCAUUAAGUGAUUAGCAGCUUACUAUGAAAUGGCAAACUUGCAAUUUUUAUAUAUUUUUGGUGAGCAAAAAAGGUGGAACUCACUAAAAUGAACAGUCGUAUAACAGCUCCAAUUUCUUGUGAUUCCUUGUAUUGAAGCUGGGAUUCUAAUGGACAGGAUAAUUAAAUACACUGAAAAGGACACAAAUGUGACAAAUAUUUGUAGAAAAUGUGAACCCAUUUAUUAUUCAAGAAAGACAAGGUGUACAGAUGUAGUAUUUAGUGAAUUUUUGAGACAGUUUGUGUAUUCAUAGUUUGCAAAUGAAUUAGACCCAGGAUCACAAGAUCGUUUAGGUGGUUAAGUUAAUUUUUAUUUCUCAUAAAUUUAACAAGUGCUUAUGAACUAGCUUUUGCAUUGCAGUGGGCAUCCGAAUGUUAAUCUUGAAAACAUUCUUAUUAAGCAUUUAGAGAAUGGUUGGUCACACAUUGCUGAUUUUUGAAUUUGCAUGGUGUCUAAACCAAACUUCUUUGUCAUUUUCUGGAUCAUAGGUACCUGUACCUUGCAUGUGGCUUAACAUGAGUAGACUGCUGGCUAGAGGGGGCAAAAAUUUGAGGAUGUGUUAGGUAUCUUGGUUUUAUCACCUAAUUAUGAAAGUAUUUAUGUCAUGAUGGGUGACGCACUAUUCUGUCUUUCAGUGAUCCUCUAGUUAUGUGAGCUUUUUGGCUUCCCUUGUUGAAUUGUUGUCUCUUUUUCUGGCAUUACAUUUCAUUCCAGUUCAGGUUUUUCUGGUUUUAGGUUUGUUCAACUCUGGUGCAUUGUAUCUUCACAAGGCUUUGCCAGUUAAAACCUUCUUACACAUCUUCCAACAAUUUUGUGGUUGACCAGGAUCUGUAAGGUAGAAACAAACACACUCAGAAAACACAGUAUUUUUCCUUAUUUCUGGUCAUUUGUUCUCAGCUCCCAAUAAGUGUAACUCCUAUUAGCUUCAACCUUCCUUUACAUUUUCAAGAGCUAAAGUCAUUUUGUUUAUGGAGAGUAUUAUUUCUGACCUUUUUGUAUUGCUGUUAGAAAGCUUUUGGCUUAUGCGAAGUAAACAUGCAGCUAGCUUGUACAGUAUUUUCAGUUCAUGACAAGUUCUUGGUGUUCAAGAAAGUGAUGUUUGUUUGCAUGCUACAAAAUUAUUUUUGUAUGAAAAGAAGACUCCUAUCUUAGUAUUUUCUGAAGUUUGCAGAUCAAGUAUAGGAAAAAUCUGUAAUUUUUUUUAAAGUUACAGGAAUGAAAAAAUGGAGAUGCAGUCCAUGAUAAGGAAAAAAAUUCCUUUCUGAAAACAAGACACUUUGAUGACAAUGUCUUCUGUAAUAAAUUGUAAUUUGUAGUACUAGCAUGCUAUUGCAGUGCUUAUAACAUACAUAUUUCUGUACAUAGCUCAAUAAAAAUAAACUGGCACCUUUUUCAUUCAAA